AACUACUACGAGAUAUUUCUGGUCCUCCAAAUAAAUCCUCAUACAUGUACUGUAAUUAAAAAUGUAAACCAUCUGAUAAAUGUUACAAAUAUUGUGGAAACAAGACCUAGGUAUUCAAAAUAAACAACAAAAUGACACAUUUCAGGAAGACACUGGGGCCGUGGAGUCGUGACGCCCAUAAACUUUUCCAGAGCCUUAAAAAAAGGCCUUUCCGCAGGGGUCAGAUCUAGGGGACCUAAGAUAGGUGAGUAUAAGUUAUAUUUUUAUUUAGUUCAUACUUAAUGUUAGUAGUAGUUUAUAAGUUUUGUUAUUGUACUUGUUUUUGUUUAUUGAUGAAAUUAAAGGUUAGACAUGACACUGCACUAGUUUACUCAAAGACUUUUUUCACUCAGUCGACAACACUACAAACAAAACCUUGCCCUGCCCUUGCUGAUCUAAUCGCGAAUAUAAGUUCAAUACCACCCUAAUCUUUAUUUACGAUUGCUGUAAACGCUUAUAUCUCUAAGCCGUAGUUGUCUGGACUAACUGCGGUUAAAUGCAGCCGUUUUGACGUAUUUCAACAUGGAGGACGAUUGAGGAAAGAUGUCGAAAGUUUAUCCAGAGUCCGAAGCGCCUUCAGAGACCUUCAAGAAAAAAUGCUACCAGUGCUUGAAAGGACCCAACCUUAUCCGGACGCUCGUUGUGGUGGUAUGCAGCUGCGUAGUUAUACAGCAGAUAACAGCAUGUGUGCGGAAACUAAUCAACAUCCCGAUCACGACCCAUACACACUUCGACUUCAACGAGACGAUCAUGUACCCCAGCCUUACCUUCUGCCGGGAACCACCGUACAAGUACGACAAGAUGGAGGAAUAUGGACUGUAUUCGCACCCUCGGUUCACCUCCGUUUGGCGCAACUUCAACUUUUCCCACGUUACCCUGGACCAUUUGUGGGAAGAAAUAACCUAUAGCAGUGACGAGUUCUUCGUACAAUAUGGUUUUGAUGGGCUAAUAGAAAAUGUGGAGGUGGAAUCAAGUCUUGGUUUCGUGAUGGGCCGAUGUUAUACUCUUACACCGCGGGUGCUGAGCUAUAAGGCAUCCCAAAGCGCCGGGUACUCCCUGACUCUUCGUCACAAUGCCCUAGACAUCGCUAACAGCAUUAGCACCACUCCGCCGGGAUACCACGUCUACGUGCAUUAUUGUAAGGAACCGUUCACUGAAGUGGCAGUGUACAACGGUGGUUUGGUGGACUACUUGUACGUGAACACCGGCGAGACCAUAGACGUGAAGCUGUCAGUGGACCAGUAUCAGAAGAUCAGUCGAGAUCACGAUCCGUGUGUGGACUGGGAGGACUACAGUACAAAUGAGUGCACCACUAAACAUGUGUCAUAUCUGGUAGGCGAGGCUGUUGGCUGCUCCGGACCCUGGAUGCUCAGUGAUCUUCCCCGUUGCGACAACUACAAUGACAUGAGAAGUCUUAUCACGGAAUAUACAGGUAUGUACGAGGACCACAACUCCACUAGUUGUCCCCGCAUCUGUCGUUCUUACCUUUACAAUGCCUUUGUAACAUUCCGGAGGAGCGACUACACAUGGGAUUCCUUGAAGAAGGUGUGGGCUCUAAACUCCGGUGUUUCCACUUUGGAGACACAUCUGUACAUCCACUUCAACACUAUGAUGGUGUCCGUGUACGAGGAGCGAUACAAUUAUGACUGGAACUUAUUCCUGUCCGACCUCGGUGGAAGUAUUGGGUUCCUUCUAGGCCUCUCCGUUGUCGGCCUCAUGUCAAUGUUCGGCAAGUUAUGGGGCAUUACAGUUAAGCCCUUUAUCAAACCGAGAGACGCACUAAACAAUCCCGGGUCUGCCGCCACAGCCGACGUUAAGACCGUCUCUAAAGACCUGGCCAUGGAUCUGGACUAUUUGAAGAAAUGUCAAGAAUGGAAUAUGAAAAACGAUUGUAAUGAAAAAUGAGGAAUUUAUUAUAUUCAUGAGCAUUUA